UUAGAUUUCCGGUUUCGGCAACUUUUUCGUCAGCCAAAACAACGAAACAAGCUACAGUAUGGCCAACAUCAAGUUCAUGAUCAUUACACUGGCGUGCCUGUUGGUUGCAGCACUAGUUCAUGCCAGUUCAGAAGAAUCGUCGGGUGAAAAAAACGGUCUCAACGAUCUUAUCAACAAACUUCCAUCUACUCUGAAAAAUUUAGGCGAUGCUCUUCCACUGAAAAAAAUAACUGAUGCUUUGGCAAAAGAUGGUGGUAGGGGUGGCCUCGCCUUAGGCCUGCUCCAGUUGCUAUUAGCUCUUUUGGGUCUACCAGUGGCUCUAAUUGGUAUUGUAGUUACUCUACUGGUUUCAAUAUUAACCGCAGUAGUCGGGGCAGUGCUUGCAAUACUAAGAGUACUUUAAACAUGUACGCUGUGACGUGAAAUGGAUUUAUAAUAAAAAUAAAUUAGAAUCUCACCAACCGAU